CUAAGCUUCAAGAAGAAUAAUCGAAAGAGGGGAAAUUAUGUAAGCUACGGUGAGUCAUUCAUGAAUUACGUUUCUCCAAGAGAAUGUCGGACGAUGUGCGGAUGUGAAAGCAGGUAUAUAAAGAGCGGAAAUUCAUAGCGUCAAGAUAUUCCAUCAGCCAACUACAUAUUCACCAACAACAUCCGUCUCACGAUUCCAGGAGUAUUUCCCUUCUUGCUAAAGCCCUCAAAAACACCAUGUCCACGCAAAACGACCUCGCCAAAGCCCUCCGCGCCCUGCACGUCCCGGGCAACCCACUCAUCCUAACAAACGUCUGGGACGCCAUCACAGCAAAAACAGUCGCUGCUCUCCCAGAAACAAAAGCCCUCGCAACAGCCUCCUUCGCCGUGGCCGCCGCAGCAGGCCUUCCGGAUCCUGAACUCACCUUAGACGCCAAUCUCCGCGCCGCCGAAGCCAUUGCCAAAGUAGCAAAAGAAUCCAACAAGCCCCUCACAGUCGACUUCCAAGACGGCUACGGCGACCAGCUCGAAGACGGCAUACGGAAACUUAUCAAACUCGGCGCUGUGGGCAUCAACCUCGAGGACUUCAGCCGCGAGACCGACGGCUUGUACCCCGUCGAAACAGCCCAGGAGAGAAUCCGGAAGGCCAUGAAAGUCGCAGCUGAACUAGGCGUCCCAGACUUCUGCAUAAAUGCGCGCACCGACGCCCUCCUAACCGGACUUUCCAUCGACGAUGCCAUCGCGCGUGGGAAAGCGUACCUCGAGGCUGGCGCAACGAGUGUCUUCAUCUGGGGUGGGGCGAAGAGAGGCGGCACGACGAAGGAGGAGGUAGUGAAGGCGUGUAAGGAGCUAGACGGGAAGUUGAAUGUUAGUCUGGUGCGGAUUAGGCCAGGGGGGUUGACGCUGGUGGAGUUGAAGGAGAUUGGUGUCGGUAGGAUUAGUGUCGGCCCGCAACUGAUGCUGCGGACGCAGAAGGCGGUUGUAGCGGAGGUGGAGGGGAUUUUGAAGGGGGAGGGUGUGUGAGGGGAUGUGGGAAUUGGGGAUGGAAGGACUGAGGGAUGGCGAGAGGUAGGUGUAUACGAGAGGUGACAAUGGGCUGAAGACUUUAGCUGUGGUUUAGGAAGGUGGAAAUGAUAGGAGAGUCUAUGGAUAAAACGGUGACUUAUGUACAAAAUGGAAAGAAAACUCUCUCAUCCAACAACAUCAACC